GAUGUUUUAACAACCGCAGGCCAGCAGCGAGACCGAGAUGAUUUGGUCGAUUGUUAGCGAAUAUGUUACAUCAGCUUAAGCACGACUAUUUUCGAAUGGCAAUUCGUCUACUAGGGAAAACAUCGAGAACAAUAGGGAUAUUUGAACAAUCGAGACAAUCCACUAAAACAUCUCGGACCCGCCCAUCACUAAGCAAACAUCGAUGUUUCCGAUGCAUCGAUGUUUUUUCUGAAUUCCUAACUACGAUCAGCUUUAAAAAAUUUAAUACUUUGCGAAAAUGGCGAAAGUGUAUUUAAAUAGAGAACUAGUUUUCCAAACGCAAGCAGAGAACUGCUUUAGUAUUAAAAACUCAAUUUUACAACGACAUGGCUUAUUACCAGAUGAUAUAUAUUUAGAACAGAAUGGCCGUAAAUUAAUGCCAAAUGACAUAGUUUCUGGAGUAGCUCAGUGCCGUUUACGCGUGUUUGGUGGAAAAGGUGGAUUUGGUUCCAUGCUGCGGGCCAUUGGUGCACAAAUAGAAAAAACUACAAACAGGGAAGCAUGUCGGGACCUAAGCGGGCGUCGUUUGCGUGAUAUUAAUGAGGAAAAGCGGUUGAAAGCCGUUUUAGAGAAAAUGGGAGACUUAGAACGUGAUUCUCAAGAACGUAAAAAACGGAAAAUUGAAAAAUUGCUUGCACUUCCACGCCAUGACUUCAAAGACAAAGAGUAUGAAGAGGCCAGAGAUAAAUUGGCCGAAAAAGUAAAUAGCGCAGUUGAGGAAGGCUUAAGAAAACGCGAAGAUAAACCUGGGUGCAGUAACCAAUCUUUAAAACGUAAACAUUCAAAACUUGGUGCAAUUAAUACCCAAAAGAAAAAGGCUUUAUGGAUCGACGAAGAUAUCUUAGACUCGGAUGCAAGUGACGAGUCAUCUGAUGAAUCGAAUUCAACGCCCGAUUCUUAUGAAAAAGAAGAGUUAAUAACGGACGAAACUUUACUCCAUCCUGAUCAGAAGAAUAAAGUAAAUAGCGUGGUUACGGAAGGCCCAGGAAAAAUCGAAGAUGAACCUGGGUGCACUAACGAUUCUUUAAAACGUAAGCAAUCAAAACUUAGUGCAAUUAAUGAUAAUAAGAAGAAAGCUUUAUCGAAGAUGGAUGAAAGUGACGAGUCAUCUGAUGAAUCGAAUUCAACGCCCGAUUCUUAUGAAAAAGAAGAGUUAAUAACGGACGAAAUUUUACUCCAUCCUGAUCAGAAGAAUAAAGUAAAUAGCGUGGUUACGGAAGGCCCAGGAAAAAUCGAAGAUGAACCUGGGUGCACUAACGAUUCUUUAAAACGUAAGCAAUCAAAACUUAGUGCAAUUAAUGAUAAAAAGAAGAAAGCUUUAUCGAAGAUGGAUGAAAGUGACGAGUCAUCUGAUGAAUCGAAUUCAACGCCCGAUUCUUAUGAAAAAGAAGAGUUAACAACAGGCGAAACUCAACUCCAACCUGAUCAGAAGAAUAAGGUCUCGACAAAAGUUUCAAUCUAAAUAUCUUAUUACGACUUGGUGCUCCUCCGUAAUGAAGUGUAUGUAUUUCGACAUGUGAAACACAUAAUCCCCAAUUCAAAAAUAUUCAUUAUUCCCAAAUAAAAAGUCCCCACACUUUUUUAGUAGCAGUGUCACAAAAUGCCCACAACACAAAA